AUGAAAGCACCGUCCCGCAAGCUCAGUGCGUCCCACUGGCGUCUGGAAAACAUUGCACAGGAGUCUACAGACAGCUCUGACGACGAAUUCUUUGAUGCUCGGGAGAGUUUCUACAGGUUGCACCCUCGCUGUGCUCCCCAGAGUAGUGUGGAUGGCCUGGAGGAUGUGGAGAGGAAGUGCCGCACUCAGCUCCUGAUCCUGGUGGUCCACGGCGGACACAUCCUGGACUCUGGCGGCGACGCUGAUGGCAAGUCGGACGACACAGCCACCCUGGCCUCCGUCCUGGAGAGGCUGGCACAUGCCCACUUCCAGGCGGCUGCGGAUGGCAUGGUGGUGCGCCUGGUGCCCUGCCCGCCGGUGUGCUCCGAGGCCUUCACCCUGGUGUCACACUUGAAUCCCUACAGCUACGAUGAGAGCUGUGUGUCGAGCAGUGUGGAUCACCUGCCACUGGCCGCCCUCCCACUGCUCACCAUCACCACACCACGCUACCAGGAUGCCGUGGCAGCCAUCAUUCACCAGGCCAACCAAGUGUACAGCGACUUCCUGCAGUCUGCAGAGGGGAUUGGCUUCUCUGGACAGGUAUGCCUGGUAGCUGACUGUAUUGGGGGCGUCCUCUGUUUUGACGCCCUCUGCUUCAGUGGAGACAAGAGACACACAGUCCCUGGUGCCACAAAGAAGCAUGACAGCAAUGAGAAUCUGAAGGAGAGCUCCUCAGCUCCUGCUGACAGCCUGAGCCCUAACCUGCUGGGAAGCAAGCGCCUGAGCAAGAGCAACAUUGAUGUGUCCGUGCCCACCGACACGCCGUCCGCACCCCCCCACCCUCUCAUACGCAAGCAGAGCGACUCCUGCAGCGCUGACAUCAUGAGUCUCUUACAGGGAGAACACAGCAGGACCCGCUUGGCGUCCGGCCCCGGCUCCUUCGACUUUGAGGUGUCGGACUGCUUCCUCUUUGGCUGUCCUCUCGGUCUGGUUCUGGCCAUGAGGAAAACGGUCCUGCCUGCUUUUCAGGUAUCCCAGCUCCAGCCUGCGUGCUCCCAGCUCUUCAAUCUCUCUCUCUCUGUGUCCUGUCGCUUUCCCAUAGUAUCCCAGCUCCAGCCUGCGUGCUCCCAGCUCUUCAAUCUCUUCUACCCCUCGGACCCGUCCGCCUCGCGCCUGGAGCCCCUCUUGCACCCCAAACUCCGGCAGCUGUCCCCGUUCUCGGUGCCCCGCUACCAGCGCUACCCCCUGGGAGACGGACGCUCCACCCUGAUAGCUGACGCUGUGUUGAAGAACCCAGGGGGUUCCACAGUGGUGGUAACGGAACCCCCACUUGAGGGCCUGCCCUCAGCUGAAGUGGACAUUGUGUUUGAAGAAGACAUCGGCGACGAACCCCCCCAGGAGACGAGACUGAGCCGGAGCGACAGUGAAACAUCAGCCACCUCUCAGCACCAACCUGUCAGCCACCUCAUCGACUUCUGCGGCCAGUGGUGGGGCUUGAAGCGGCUGGACUAUGUGCUCUUCUGCCCAGACGUCCUCACUACGUUCCCCACGGUGGCCCUACCCCACCUGUUCCACGCGUCCUACUGGGAGUCCACAGAUGCUGUGGCCUUCAUCCUACGGCAGGUGUUGCGGUGUGACUGCCUGAAAGCAGGCAAAGCGGACUGCUGUGACACCACACCCCUGUGUCCCUCCAGCCCGCGGGAGAAGUGGCUCCGACGACGCACACACGUCAAACUACGGAAUGUCACUGCCAAUCACAGGGUGCAUGAUGUCAUUGCCACGGAGGACGGUUUCCAGACUCUGGUGGGUCGGUUCAUGUACGGCCCCCUGGACAUGGUCACACUGACGGGGGAGAAGGUGGAUGUAUUUUUGAUGUCUCAGCCUGCAUCGGGUCGCUGGGUGCUCUUUGACACUGAGCUCACCAGCAACAGUGGCCGUGUGUCAUACACCAUCCCUGCAAGCAAGCGACUUCCUGUUGGAGUCUACCCCAUAAAAAUGGUGGUCAGGGGGGACCAGACGAGUGCGGAGGCCUUUCUGACUGUGCUGCCUAAGGGCAUGGAGUGUGUGGUGUUCAGCAUCGACGGCUCGUUCGCUGCCAGCGUGUCCCUGAUGGGCAGCGACCCCAAGGUCCGCGCAGGAGCGGUGGAUGUCGUCAGGCACUGGCAGGACCGGGGCUACCUGAUCAUCUACAUCACGGGGCGCCCGGACAUGCAGAAGCAGAGGGUGGUGUCAUGGCUGACUCAGCACAACUUCCCCCAGGGCAUGGUGUUCUUCUCCGAGGGCCUGGUGCACGACCCCCUCCGGCAGAAGACCAUCUUCCUCAGGAGCCUGGUGCAGGAGUGCCACAUUAAGAUCAGUGCCGCCUACGGCUCCAUGAAGGACAUGUCUGUGUACAGCACACUGGGCCUGAGCCCUUUGCAGAUAUACAUUGUGGGCAGGCCGUCCAAGAAGCACCAGAACCAGUGUCAGUUCCUGAGUGAGGGCUACGCUGCGCACCUCUCCUCCCUGGAGUUUGAGCACGGCUCCUGCACCAAGAAGGGCCGCAUGAUCCCACGCCAGGCCUCCUUUGGCCUCACCACCAAGUCCGACUUCCUGUCCCCGUCUCCCGACUUCCUGUCCUGCAAGCGCACGCCGCUACUGCGACGGGCCAUGUCCGUGCAGCAGCCCUCUCCACCCUCCUCCACCACUGCCACACCGAAGCCUGAACGUGCCCACAGUCAGCCUGAACGUGCCCACAGUCAGUGUGAACGUGCCCACAGUCAGUGUGAAGUCCAUGUGGAUGGAGUGGAACCUGUUCUCAUCAGAGGGGACCACACUCCCUGACACACUCAGAGGGUGGUGGAGAGAGAGAGGCGGAGGAUAUCACAGAAAGAUGGGUCCCCUGUGCGAAAAGUAUUGGCUCCAAACUCUAAAGCAUUUUACCCAUGUGUCCUGAAACUGGAAAUCUGUGCCACAGUCCAGCUUGGAGAAGAAUCAGAGAAAGGCUUAAGAACACGUGAUGGCGUGAUGCCCCCCCGAGUACCCUUGAAGAACACCAGCUCCGUGCCAGAUAGAAGGGGUGAGGUCCAUCACAUUUGACUUCUGUUUGGUUUUGAUUUAUACGAGUCGUUUUCACAUGAAUUCAUUUAUGAUGCUACAAUGAAGAUUCUACAGCCCAGCGGGAGCCGAACGUUCUUCAUGAAG